CAGGAGGAGGGGGGAAAGAGAAAUGAAAGGAAAUGGCGCGUCAGACUCUUCUCUCUGGAUCAGCAGGAGAAGAGAAAUGAAAACAUCCCAGUGAGGAGAUUAGGCUCAGAAGCCCACGGCCUGACUUCUACUACCGUUUGUGCUUCCUGCUUCUGCCUGCCAAGCCUCAACAAAGGUGAACUCUUCUGAACUUCUCCUCUAACUGUUAAAUGAAGCUGAGAAGGUUGAGCUACCGCCCGUAGCGCUUUCAGAUCAGAAAGGGCUUUUAGCAAACCAUGGAGCCAGAGCCUCAGCCAGGUGACUUGAUAGAAAUCUUCCGUGCUGGUUAUCAGCACUGGGGUGUGUGCGUUGGAGAUGGAGACAUUGUUCACUUUGUGAACCCCAACUGCUUGCCCAGCUCAUCUGGUUUACAAAGCGUAUUAUUGGGUUGGGUUUGCAGAGGAGAAGUAAGGAAAGGAAAACUCAAGGAAGUGGUUCGCGACAGCAGGUGGCAAAUAAAUAACAAACUGGACAAAACAUACAGACCUCGUCCAACCCAGCAAAUAGUAAAAGACGCCCUUUCAUUUGUGGGUGAGAAGGCGCUCUUCUGUGUCCACUUGCGGAAUUGUGAGCACUUUGCCACCAAGCUGCGCUAUGGCAAAGCUGUGUCUUGGCAGGUGAUUAAGGCUGUAGCAGAAGCAGUAUUUGUGGCAGGAGCAGCAGCAGCAGGAGCAGCAAUAGCAGGACCAGCAGGGGCAGCUGCAGCAGCUACUGCUGCUUUGCUUGUUGUCAAGAAUCCAGCAACUAUGUGAACUUCCUCCUCCUGAAUCUAUUUCUCUGUCUGUACUCAAUGGAAUACUUGAAUUUAAUAAAAUGUGUUGCAAUUUUC